CCAAGGGUUUCUCUGGCCUGUAUCUCUCCCUCCAGUCUAUAGCAUGGGGAAUAUCUUUGCGAACCUCUUCAAGGGUCUUUUUGGCAAAAAAGAAACGAACAUUCUCAUGGUGGGACUGGACCAUGCUGGGAAAACCACCAUCCUGUACCAACUGAAGCUGGGUGAGACGGUGAGCACAAUCCCCACCAUAGGUUUCAACGUGGAGACCUUGCAGUAUAAGAACAUAAGCUUCACUGUGUGGGACGUGAAUGGCCAGGACAAAAUCCGGCCUCUGUGGAGGAACCACUGCCCUAAUGGAAAAGCUCUCAUCUUUGUGGUUGACAGCAGUGACCAAGAGCGAGUGCCAGAGGCCGGAGAGGAGAUCAUGCGGAUGAUGACGGAGUUCAGCGAAGCUUUCCUGCUAGUGUUUGCAAACAAGCAGGACCUCCCCAAUGCCAUGAACACAGAUGAGAUCACGGACAAGCUGGGCCUGCACUCUCUGCAGCACAGGAAUUGGUACCUUCAGGCCUCCUGUGCCACCACUGGGGCCGGACUCUACGAGGGACUGGAGUGGCUGGCCAAUCAGCUCCAGAACCAGAACUGAGCCACACUCCUCUCCCCCCUCACUCCCUCCUUUACCUUUGCUUUCCUAUCAUGUGGCAGAGGUGCCUCUGUGGUGUGAGCACCAGACGCUGCCUCCGUGGUCAGUCUCAAUGUGCUUCAUCAUGUUGUACUUGUGCAGAUGGAGCCUGCAACAGGGUUUUGAUUUCAUGUAAAUAGUUCUUGUUUCCAGUGAGGCGGCUUCUACUCCUGUGCAAUAUUAGGUAACAGGAGGUAGCCGAUAAGCAGAUCAAUAAGUUUCUCUCACAUUGAUGUUUCUCUUCCUCUCUCCCUC